AUGAGUCUCCAACAAAAGAUCGACGACAUUGAAUUUGAGUUGUCGCGGACACAAAUUAACAAAGCAACAAUGCACCACAUUUGUAUGUUGCGCGCAAAGAUGGCGAAGUACCGAAAAGAACUUUUAACGCCGGAUAAAAAAGGGCCUGCCGGGGAGGGUUUCGAUGUUGCCAAAUUUGGAGACGCGCGUGUCGGGAUGGUAGGGUUUCCUUCUGUCGGUAAGUCGACAUUACUCACUAAGAUGACGGACACUGAGUCUAAAGCCGCUGCAUAUGAAUUUACAACGUUAACGUGUAUUCCAGGUGUUUUAAAUUACAAUGGAUCGAAAGUCCAGUUACUUGAUCUUCCCGGUAUUAUUGAAGGAGCCAAAGAUGGGAAAGGGCGAGGACGACAAGUCAUCUCUGUAGCGCGUACGUGUGAUUGUAUAAUGCUUUUAAUUGAUGGGACGAAGUCACUUGACUUAAAGGAGAAGAUUGAAUAUGAGUUAGAGGGCUUUGGGAUUCGAUUGAAUAAACGGCCACCGAAGAUCAAAAUAGUGAAGAAGACUGCGGGGUCGGUGUCAUUUACUCCAUCGAUUCCACAGACAUAUUUGACACAAGAGAACGUCCGAUUGACAUUAAAAGAGUACAAAAUAUUGAACGCGGACGUUUACUGCGACUGCGACGCGUCAGUUCAAGACUUGAUUGAUGCUAUUGACCAGAGUUGUAAGUACAUUCCAUGCAUUUAUGUGGUGAAUAAGAUCGACCAAAUGAAUAAAGAAGACGUAGACAGACUGAAAACAGUACCGUACUUUGCGUGUAUCUCUGCGAUGACUGAAGAAGGUAUAGACGCACUCAGAAAACAAAUCUGGGAACAACUCAAUCUAAUUCGAGUGUAUACAAAGGUCCCGGGAGAAUUUCCGGACUUUAAAGACGCUAUUGUACUCCCAGCAAAGAAGGCAACGGUGGAAAAUAUUUGCUUCAAAAUACAUAAGCAACUGGCAGGACAAAUGAAAUACGCGUUGGUGUGGGGAACUAGUGUAGCGAGAUCACCACAGAGAGUCGGAAAGGAACAUAAACUGGACGACGAGGAUGUUUUACAAAUCAUUAAAGGAGGGAAGUGA